AUGAUGGUUGUCUUCAUCCUCCUCGCGCUCCCAACCAUCAUGGACGUCUUUCCAUCCGCCAAAACCACCUCGGAAGACCAACUCCUCUUAACGCAACGCGUGACAGCCAUUAUCCUCACCCUUCUACACCUUACGUUUCUCGUCUUCCGGCUCGGCACCCAUGCAGUCAUGUUUGCCAGCACCCCAUUCAGUCAGCGAGAUCACACCCACAGCGGCCAUCAGUCUCGCCAAAGCCAGAUCGUCGAGGUCCAGAUCCCGCAGCCGUAUAUCGCCAAGGGUGCAGCAGCUAUAUUCCUAGUAGCUGCGUCCACUUCUGCGCUGGCGUGCACUUAUUUCAUAGUCGUCAAUUUGAACGGGGCUGCUGCAAUCACGGGUAUGAACCAGUCUUUCCUUGCUGUAACGCUUGUUCCCCUACUCGGGAACUCGGUCAAGUAUCACUCCAUUGUGGUGGGAUCUCGGUCUUACAGUCAGAUUGAACUUGGGAUUAGAGCGGUUAUUAACAAUGUUUUGCGGGUCACAAUGCUUAUUGCUCCGCUGUUGGUUCUCAUUGGUUGGGCUUUCGACCAGCCGCUCAUUCUCAGGUUUGAUGGAUUUGAAGCUACGACGCUUUUACUUAGUGUUGUGGUAAUGACUUAUCUCAUGUCUGAUGGGCGGAGCAAUUACUUCGAGGGGUUGAUGUUGAUUGGAACGUGA